UUUCUCAUCUCUAGUGGCUACGCCAUUUUGUGUUAAAGAGAAAAAUUGAGAAUUACAAAAUAAGAAAUCGAAUUCUUUUGUGUUAAUAAUAAGGUGUAAAGCAAUUUUAUAUGCUUAAAUCUUAGUGUAUAGGUGUGUAGUGCUUAAAUAUUGACGGUACGUGCAAUACGCCCAUUCGCUUUGAUCUACACAUUCAUAAAUAUAUAAUCUCCAAUCAUGCCGACAACAUAUUUUAUUGUUACCUGUUAGUGAACGCAGAACCUGUGAGGUAAACGAUUGGACAUUUGCAAUAAUCAACCGACAUGUCUACAAUAAAUCGCCGGAUAAAAGUUAAAUUUCGAGAUGCUGUACUAAAAACCCACAAAGCCAAUGCUUUGACAUGUGAUCGAAUGGAUUUUACCGGCGUAACUUCAUUUUUAACGGGUGGAAAAGAAUGUUGCCAAUCAGUAUUAAAUGUCAAAUUAUCAAGAUCAAAGAAGUCUGAAUUAAAAUGUACACAGAAGAGCCCCGUUAAAUCUUCAUAUUAUAAUCGUAGCACUCCAAAUGAUCCUGCGGUAAAUACUACAUUUAAGCGACGCCGAUCCGCCUCCGCCCGGCAUGCCUCGGUCUCGGAGUCACCAAUUGUUUGCAAGACUAAGAAAACUCUAUGGCAAAAUUGUAAUAUACUCCUGCUGAUACUGGUAACAUUUUACCUCAUAAGCUCAUCACAUUCGAUAUUAGUCGAAGAACAAAACACGGCCGACAGUGCCGAGGAGCACCUGCCCCUCAAGGGCAACACCAACUCGAACAACACCAGCUUCCGAAGUGCUGGUAAGUCAAUGUUAAGCAACGGUACAACGGGCAACGGGCUCGGUAGACCUUCCGUUGCGGCAAGCGGAUAUCUGGACAAGUUGGACAAUUUGGAGAGAAGUGUGGCCGCUGUUUUAAUCAAAGUGGCAUAUGGAACAACGUCAACGACCAAACGAAGCAUACCCGACAAUAGUUACAUUUUAGGUCUCACUACUGUCGCGACGCCGCUUCUAACAACCCUCCGAUACCAAUCGUCAAAUCAAGCUCAGCAUAACGGUGCUCGCCAUAGAAACUAUGAGUUGGACUUGGAAAGAGAUCACGCUUUGCCAACCUCUGCACCAAAUGCUGAUAUUUUGAAGAGUAAUAAUAAUCCAACUUACCCGAAUCCAAAUCGUCAUCACAGCAGCAGUCAUGACCGCGAUCGUCAUCGACACACAAUCCAAUACAAUUCAACGCCAAUGCCAUCAAUUCCUAACUUAUUAAAGAAAGCCAAAGGCCAGCCGACAAUACCAAUGUAUCCUGGAGAUAUUCCGUCGUACUCGCCGCCAUCAAGAUCAUUUUUUACGCCGCCAUUACCGCCGGAAUAUCAAAACCCAUUUGCCGAUAAGCCCACGUUACGGGGGACUAAUAACGAGGGUCUUAUAUCAAAUACGGCACCGUUUAAUAACAGGCGGCCGAUACCACCGCCCAGCCUGAUGCCCGGCCAUGAAAGGAUACCGUUUCGUCCACCCGAUCUGGCUGCCUCAAUUGGCAACACAGAUGGCAAUUCGAAUCACAAUGUAAAUGAAAGCUAUGCAAGCAGCUCGGCGGAUGCCAAGAAGCUACUCGUUGCGACCAGCAUGCAAGGAGCCUUUGACGUCGCCGGAGAUCGUAAAAAGGCACUUAAUACACCGUCACGGCCGGGCAAUGAUGCAGUCGCCGUUGAAGCAUCCGAUCAUAAUAAUAAUGCCAAUUAUCAUAACGUGCAAGAUAAAGGAGUGACCAAUAAUGGCAAGGAGUCCAAUGCAAAUAAGAGGCAGGAGGUUCUGCCGAACAUUAGACGCAUACUAGGAUCAAAUGGCAAGAAAGGUGACAUACCUGCAGUUCUAUUGCGCCACGUGACACAGCGACCCUUGGUGAACUACCAUCAGCCGCCAGCCUCCCCGAUAGUUUCGGUCGAUAAUGCGGAAAUUGCAAAGGAGAGCAGCAGCAGCAGCAGCAGCAGUAGCAACAGCGAUGAUAAAGCUGCAUCUGCUUCGGUUAGUCCAAACAUAAACAAGAGUAAACAACAGUCGAGCGGUAAAUUGGAUUUAAACGAUGCCGCGCCAAGGGAUUUGUUUGGCAACAAUGCUAGUCAGUCGGCAGUUACCACACCUUCGGCUGCAGCUGCAAUUGGUGAGGCGGCUGCUACAUCAUUUACAUCUGCAACGACAAAUGCAAGGCCAACUAAUGGCAAUGCUGUCGCCGGAAAAGCUGCUGACACAGACUCAGGCACAGGCACUAGAGACGGUGGCGCUGUGGGCGCUGCUGCGGCUGCAGCGGCUUCUGCUCAUACCACAUGGACAUGGGCGUGGAACAUACAUAUUUAUUUAUCGGUCAUUCUGUACACGAUAUUGGCAGUCUAUUCACUUUACAAACUGGUCACCUUUGACAAGCUGACGCAUCUAUUCGCACAAUCAUAUUUCGUUUACAUAUACCUCAUACUGAUUGCCAUUUGUAUAAUGCGUAUAUUUUACUUAUGCUUUGAUGCUUACAAUAUUCAUGGAACUUUUCCAAUAUUUGCCGCCGAGCUCCUAUUGAAUUUGCCAUCAACAUUCUUGACUGUUGCUUUCGCGGUGCUCAUUUUAUUUUUGUUUUUAAAGUCUUUAAACCACAAAAACAAUCGCUAUUCGGCGCUGGUGCGACCGCUAACCGUGGUCGUCGGCUGUGGUGUACACGUUGGACUCUGCAUUACGCUGCAUUAUGUCGAGUCGUAUACCUUGCAAAAUCAUCAUUUGUACUUUCAGCAACAACAACAGCAGCAAUACUUUCGGCGCCAACAGCACCAGCAGCAGCAGCAGCUGCAGCAACAGUUGUUGCAACAACAGGUUAGCAUGUCGCCUUCGACCAGUCUGGCCAAUCCACCGCCACCACCGCGGGUUCUUUCGCUGAUAUGCCAGAUUAUUUAUAUAUUCAUAUGCCUUAGCCUGGGGCUCUUGUAUUUGUAUUUGUACCGCAUACUGAAGCGCAUACUGAGAAGCAAAUCCCAAAAUUAUAUACAUGGCUAUCAGAAUCUCUCUUAUGCUAUUCAUAUCACAAUUGCGACAGCAUUGCUCUUUGUUCUUUUAGCUGCUCUGCAAAUCUUUGGCGCCGUCUGCAUCUCAGCAGCGCGACCCCUAAUUAGCCAGGCGAAUAUUGUUGAGGUCGAUUGGAUGCAGUGGGGAUAUCAGUUUUCAUUACGUCUGAUCGAGAUAGCAAUCAUAACAUUGAUAUCAUGGGUGACGGGCCUAAAAACCGGCGUUGGCAGCAAUACCGAUGGCAGCGUUGCUGUCAACGGGGACGUCCGUAUGGUUGGAACAGCUGCCGGGAUGAGCGGAUUUGCCAAUAGUGCAAAUGCCACCGGCAGUGUAAUGAGAGAAAAACACGGUGCUGCUGCCCAUCACCACAACUCGCAUUCGAAUGUUGCUAAUUUCUUUUUACCGUGUACGUCCAGCUCAAGUCAGGAACAGUUUGAAACUGAUUAUCCAGCCAUUUGCAAUGCAAAUACUAAUCUUCAUACGUACACAAUGCGCACCGGCAAGCUAAUAUACGAUGAUAGUUAUGCGCUAAACUCGCUGGCGGGGCCAUCGGCAGCUUCUCCGAGCGGCGGUACCGAGUAUCAGCUGCAGGAACCAAUGUACCAGAGACCCUACGAUACUGGCUCAAUACGAAGUGCCAUCAAUCACAACAUAACAGCCGAAUAUGGCCCACAAGCUUCGCGUUACCAUCAACAUCAUCCACAUCAUCAUCAUUAUAAUCAUAAUAUGCGUGCUGCACACGAACCGGAAGCCUAUAUGAGCGCCGAUUAUAUGACCGAUGCCACAACCGAUCAUUACGAGAAUCCAAAUUUUGAUUUACGUACAAGCUCAACGGGCGCUGUUGGCGUUGUCGGAGUUGGGGCCAUGCAAAAAUUGGGCAAGAACACAGUCAGCUCGGGUUCUGCAUCAGCAUCUGGCUCUGGAUCGGGUUCAUCUGGGACAUCGCAGCAGCAAAUGCUGCUAUUGCAGAGCGAUAGCUGUUAUUCGGAACCAUUGCAAGAGAACUCAAACUAUGAAUUUAAUAACUUUGAACGACCCGUAUUCAAAGAGAAAUCCACAGGCAGUAGCUCACAUCCGAGCGAUGAGUGCUGGCCGGACAGAGAGCGAGAAGGUCUCACGCUGGCAAAGUGUUGUGAUAGAAAACCGAAUAAUAAUAGUUCAACCGAUGCUGCAACAUUUGAAAUUCCGGAGCGACGCAGUUCGAAUUCAACAAAUUCAUGUUCAUCCUCAAAUGGCAUCCGUUACGCCAGCUACAACUCAUACGAGCGCAGCGCCUAUUACAAUGGGGGGGUGCGAAAGAGCGGCACUCUGAACAACAUUGUUAAUGGAUCGGGCAUGGGAGGAGCCACCGGUGCGGGUAAAGGCUCUGCAACUGGUCCUGGUUCUGGUCCUGGGCGUGCAAUAAGUGUUGUACCGGCCAGUAAAAGAGUAAAUGGUGCACAGACAUUGGCACACACAGAACGUUCGCACUAUUUUCAAAGGGGUGGACGUACACUAAAUACCAUAAAUCGUGCAUUAGCCUCAAAUGAUUUCGAAUUGUCACCCAGCAUUUGCAAUGCAUUAACGCUCAAGCAACAACACCAAAUUAAACAACAGCAGCAACAACAUCCGCAGUACAAUCACAAUUCCGAGGAGGAGGAUGAGGAGGAAGACGACGAUAUAAUAUCAGGCAGUAAUGUAGAGUGCACCAAUUUGAUAAGCAACAGUGAACAUGGUUAUUGUAUAGCUAGCGAAAACAGCAUCACAUCAAAUCCACUUUGUGCUAACAAAGCCUCUGCACAACACCUGCAUGAACAAAAUAAUUCAAAAUCUACACAUCAUCUGCAUCACAGCAGCCAGCAGCAGCAGGAAGCAGCCGCCGCCAGUGUGCCAAGCCCCGGUGAGUUGGAGCCGAACGUUGUUUCCUCAGCAACAGUAUCCGCAUCCGGAUCCGCAUCAGCAUCACCUUCAAGUGCCUCGGAUAGCAUGAUUGUUGCCGACCAGGGUUUCUUGCGCUUUCGCGCCAACGAGGAUGUCAAUGCCCAACAUGGCAAGCCGCAGCAUGGUGUGAUGCAUCAGCAGAAUCGCAGCGUGUCCAACGCCUUAUCGCAAAUUUGUAGUAAUGUUAAUGGCAUCGAUUGCUAGGUAAUUCAUUCAUAUAUACACAUGGAUAAGAUAUGUCGAUUCUCGAUUCUAAUCUCUAUCGGUCGAGUGCCGCCGACGCCGCCGCUAACUGCCAAUUGUAGUUAAUUCGCCACUUUCUACUCUCUUCAAACUUGUGAUAU